CUCCUCAUCUCGCCCCCUCACCACCAUCUGCGCAACACUCCCUCAGCGCGCCCUUGCUGCUCACCAUGGACGGCACUCCCGUGGCGCGCUUCCGCUUCGCGCAGCCAGCGCCGAGCGACGUGGCCUCCGGCAGCAGCACUCAGGCUGCGGCCGCGCCCGGCCCGCCAGCAGCAUCCGCGGUGCCGCCGGCCGCCAGCUCGGCCCAGGACAGCUGGCUGGACGAGAAGCACCACGCGCCGGGCGCGGUGCACGAGAUCGACGUGCAGCGUGCCGCUGCGUCGGAGCACGAGGCGGCCACGCGCCACUCGUCGGCGGAGGCCAGCUCGCCGUCGUGCGAGAAGAGCCGCGAUGCCCGCGUGGCCCUGCCGACGCUCGAUGCGCAGCAGCACCGCGUGCCCUGGCACCAGAGCCUCUACCUUGCCGAAGACGACCUGCAGCUCGAGCUCGACUUCUUCUUCCGCCCGACGUGGCGCCGCGUGCUCUGGUGGCUCGCCUGCAUCGCCAGUGCCGGCGUUGUGUUCCUCUGGCACUUCUACUCGCCGCGCUCGUGGGCGCGCUUCAACUGCGAGCACAUAGACCUCACGGACGAAGGGCAGAAGCGCAGGACUGGGGGCAAGGUGUGGAUCGGCAUCAAGACGCGCCACGAGCCGGUGGCUCUAGUCGAGCCGCAGUAUAGCACGCUGCCGACGCCUGUCUCCCGUAGCUGGAUCUUUCCGACGUCUUUGCUCGUGCCCGCAGUCUCGGCCGCGGCCUUCGCCAGUGGCGAGGAGCGUCUUCCUGCUGACGACGCGCCGGCUUCGGAUGCAUCCAUGGGCCACGUUACGCUGCUCAACUACCGCAGCACGUCGCUGCUGCUCACGCCGCGCGGCUUUGUGCCCAUGGGCAGCUGGCGUGACCCGGAAUGGAGCUCCCGCUCGGCAGUGGAGAGCGGUCUGACGGAGGAGCAGGCCAGCGGUGUGCGUGCCUUCAUCUUCGGGCGCAACGAGGUGGAGGUCGAGAUCAAGGGAUGGGGCCGCCUCACGGUAGAUGAGGCCCUGCACCCCUUCUACAUCUUCAGUCUCUGCUCGAUUGCGCUGUGGUCGUACGACGAGUACCAGUGGUACGCGCUCGUCAUCGGCAUCAUUUCGCUGGUCGGCAUCGGCGCCUCGGUCAUCACGACACGCCGCGCACUCGUCCGCCUGCAGGCGCAGUCUCGCUACGAAUGUACAGUGCGCGUGCUGCGCAGCGCAGGCAGCGAGCCCGCGGAGCCCCGCUGGGUGGAGACGAGCAGUGUGGAGCUUGUGCCAGGCGACGUGAUCGACCUCUCGGCCAGUGGCGCCAGCAAGCUCGACCUGCUGCCCUGCGACUGCGUCCUGCUCGAAGGCGAGAUGAUCGCAGGCGAGGCCAUGCUGACCGGCGAGUCGGUGCCGGUCGUCAAGACGGCCUGUCCCAGCGCAGCCUUUAGUGAUGUACUUGCAGCUGCCGAGCCGCUGGCCAAGCUCGACAAGCACGUCGCCUGGGGCGGCACCAAGCUGAUCCGCUCGCGCCCGGGGCCCAGUGGCACGACCCGCGCGCUCGUUGUGCAGACUGGCUUCAACACCGCCAAGGGCUCCGUCGUGCGUCUCGUACUCUUUCCCAAGCCCCUGCAGCACCACUUCUACGGUGACGCCUUCAGGUUCAUCGGCAUUCUCUGCGUCGUUGCGGUGCUUGGCUUCGUUGGCUCGCUCGUGCGCUUCAUCCAGCUCGGCGUGGACCGCACGGAGAUUGCCCUGCGUGCCUUGGAUCUCUUCACCAUCACGAUUCCGCCAGCGCUUCCUGCUGCCAUGAGCGUCUGCACCACCCUGGCUAUCGCACGGCUGCGGCGCGCCGCGAUCUUCUGCACCAGCCCGCAGCGUAUCAACGUCGCAGGCAAGGUGUCGGUGUGCGUGUUCGACAAGACUGGCACGAUCACCGAGGCUGGCCUCGACGUGCAGGGGGUGCGCAGCGUCGGACCCGACGGCAACUUCGCGAAGCUCUGCAGCACGAUUGAGGAGCACGGACAGCUCAAGACGAGCGCCACUGGGGCCACGGACCUGACUGAGGCUCUCAUGGUCGCGCACGAUCUCAACAUGCUUGAUGGAGAGAUGAUCGGCGAGCCCAUCGAGGUCACAAUGUUCGCCUGGGCUGCCGGCGCCAAGGGCUUGCUGGACGACGAAGGGACCGAGGUCGACUUGCAGAGUCAGGGCCGCAGCCAAGGCACUGCGCUCGACAAUGACGGCGUCGUGGCGCGCGUGCCUCUGGUCCACAUGCCAGACGGCAGCAAGCGUGCCGUGGUGGCCAAGCAUGACUUCGUCUCGGCCCUGCGCCGCAUGACUGUCAUCGUCAAGGCCGAGAACGAGAGCAGCGGACGCGCCUACACCAAGGGUGCCCCGGAAGCCGUGCUGCCGCUGUGCAAUGCUGCGUCGCUGCCCAACGACUACGUGUCCACUCUCGACCACUACACGCACCGCGGCUUCCGCGUGCUUGCAAUCGCCGGCAAAGAGCUGCCGUCGCUGAGCUGGGCCGACGCGCGCCGUAUGGAGCGAUCGUCCGUCGAGUCUGGCCUCACGUUCCUCGGCCUGAUCAUCUUCGAGAACAAGCUCAAGGCAGGCAGCCACGCUGCGCUUGACUCGCUGCACCAAGCAGGGAUCCCGACCAAGAUCUGCACGGGAGACAAUCCCCUGACGGCCAUUGCCGUCGCACGCGAAGCCGAAGUGAUUCCCAACGGCGCACCCGUCUUUGCAGCGCGCAUCUCGGGUGCAAGCGGAGAGGACGCUAAAGGUGCCGCGCAGGGCGAGCUCGAGUGGAUCGAUGUCAACUCCGAGCAAGAUACGCUCGACCCCUACAGCCUCCGGCCCAGGUCAAAGGCCCUGCGUCUGGCCGACUGCGGCUUGGCUAUGACGGGAGAGACAUUCGCACAUCUGUUGCAGCAUGGUGCGCAGGAGACGAUCGAGCGCGCCCUGGUGCAUGCCCAGAUCUUUGCGCGCUUCUCGCCAGAGCAGAAGCAGCAGCUGUGCGAGCAGCUCCAGGCAUUGCAGUACACCGUCGCCUUCACUGGCGAUGGUGCGAAUGACUGCGGUGCCCUCCGUGCUGCUGACGUUGGCUUGUCGCUGUCGGAAGCAGAGGCGUCCGUGGCAGCGCCCUUCACCUCUCGCGACGAGGACAUCGAGUGCAUCAGCCACCUCCUGCGCGAGGGGCGCAACUCGAUCACUACGAGCUUCAAUCUCUUCAGCUGGAUGCUCAUCUACUCGCUGAGCGAGUACUGGACCGUGCUGCUGCUCUACACUGUCGCCACCUCUCUUUCGAACGCAGAGUACCUGUACAUCGACGUCUGCAUUGUGCUCCCGAUCGCCAUCGGCAUGGCGUCGAACCGCCCCGCCGAUCGCCUGGCGCGCUCGGCGCCGCCGUCGCGCCUCAUGUCGCGCCGCGUCGUGCUGUCCGUCCUGUCGCAGAUGGUCCUGCUGCUGCUGGCUCAAGCAACGACGUACCUGCUCCUGCACAAGCAAGGCACGUACGAGUCACCGCUCCUCGACCCCGACAACCUCGAGCUGUCCUCGCAGGACAACACGGCGCUCUUCAAACAGUCGACCUUCACGUACAUCAUUGCUGCCAUUUGCUGGAGCUACGGCCCACCGCACCGGAAGCCGAUCUGGAACAACUUCAUCCUCGCCGCGUCCAUCGUCAUCCUGACGGCCUUCAACAUCGCAUUCCUCUUCAUCAACUCAGAGGGCGCCUUCUUCAACCUGUUCGGCUACCAUGUCCUCGAGCGCCCCUUCCUUGGCACUAUCUUUGGCAUCGUGCUCGUUCAGGGCAGUCUCGCGUUCCUGUCCGAGGCCCUGCUCGUCGACAGAGCCGCACGCCUGCUCGAGCGCCCCGUGCGUGCGAUACGCGCACGCGCACGGCAGUCCCGCGGCAAGCCCUUCGAGGGGGUCAAGACGCACCGCCGCGUGCGCGCCGCGAUUGACAGCGAGUGACAGCUCGCCGGCUCAUGACCCUCGCUCGCGCUCCUUUCGACGUCACCUGUCUCUGCUCACCGUGUCACCGUCUGCUGCAAUCGCAUUAUCUAUUACGCCG